GGCGUUCAUCUUCGUGCUCAUCGAUCAUGUUCAAGAAGCCCGUGACGCUGUCUGCUCGUACGUCGCUGAGCAACAAAGAGAAGAAGAAGCUGCGUGCGGCGCUCAAGGAGAGGUUCCCGAGCCUGACGGACGUAGAUGCGGACCUGCUGGUGCCCGACGGCGACGAGGUGCAGACAUGCAAGGUGCAGGCCACGCGCAUCGUCCUCUACUUCAGACACAAGGAUCCUGUCAUCGUCAACAACGACGGCUCGUUCUUCCCCACUGUCUACGGCCUAUGGCUGGUGAGGCAGCCAUAUUGAUGGCCGCACACACGACACAUUGAGGAUUGGCAUCUGUGUGUCUGUGUGUCAGGUGCCGAGGAUGCUUCCGUGUUUCUUGGUGUAUGCUCCCGUGUCCAAGUUCCUCAUGGGCGGCGCAGACCUCAUGCUGCCGGGCGUACUGCCGCCCAAGCGAUGGCCGCAAUUCCAAAAGGGAGAGCUAUGGGCCGUCAGGUCGGUCAGUCAGUCAAGGAAGGAAGGACCACAAUCACCACUCACGGCCGCAAUGAAUGACCCUCUCUUUCGUUGUGUUUUGAUGUGUGUCUGACAGGGUGAUCGAGAAUCAGUACCCCAUAGCCGUCGGCAAGACGAUGGUCAGCAACAAGGACAUCUACUACCAGGGCAUGCGGGGCCGCGGCCUCGAGCUCUACCACUCGUUCACCGACCACCUGUGGGAGCUCGGCAGCAGGUCCACACCCAACGCCAGCUUCACAGCGGCCGGCGUGACAGGCAGCGGCGACCCAGAAGAGACGGAGCUGGGCGAGCCCCCGGAGAAGUUCCCUGCGCUGCCGAUAGCUUCCAAGGGAGAAGACGAACAGGCGGCAGGUGGCAGCGAGCGUGGCGAUGAGGACGUGACCAACGGUGGGGUCAAGGAAAACGAGGAAGAGCAGGAGGGAGAGGGAGAGGGAGAUGAAGGGGAUCGCGACAACGAUGACCGCUGCGACGAGAGGGAAGAGGAAGAACACGAGGAGCAGGAAGAGGCCCAACCAUCGUCAUCAUCAGCAUUCGACAACUCGGCGGCUGCAGCCGCUGGUGCUGAGGAUGAGUCCCCAGUCACCGGUCCGCCCCCCGUGACCCUCACCCCCGACCAGAUGGAUGUCUAUCUGCAUCACUGCCUGCUGGAGGUGCUCAAGACGUCCGUGCAGGAGAGCCAGCUGCCCCUCGAUGCAAGCGCCAUCUACAGCCUCAUGCUCGCCGCCGCCGACCGAGUGGCGCGACACAAGGUGCUCAUCGAGGCGCUCGAGAAGACUGGCAUCGCCGACGAGGCCGUCAAGGCCUUCCUCCUUGCCCCCCCGCCCCUGGACGUCAAGCGGUCCUCUCACAAGAAGGUGCCCAAGCUGUUCACCCAUGCGGCCAAGGCCAAGCUGCUCACCACCAAGGAGCAGCGCGGCAACCAGAUCAUCACCGGCAUCAACAAGCAGCACCCCCAGGUCACCGCAUACACACCAGCCCCCGAGCGACCCAAACCAUCAGCAGCCGCAGCCGCCAGCAGCUCAUCUUCAUCUCAGCAACAGCAGGGCCCCAGCAGCAGCAGCGCCGGCAAUGCGAAUACCACCGGCGAUAUGGUGCAGGUGUUGGAGUUCUACAAGCCCGGUCAGCGUGUGCAGCCGGUGUUUGCGGCGGCGGGCAUCAAGACGGGCAAGGAGCGUUUCUUCACCAUCCAGGAGUGCCGCGAGGCCGUCAACAAGUACGUCAGCGAGCGCCUGCCGGCGGAGGGCGACAAGGGCAAGAGUGUGGUGCUGGACGCAAUCCUGGCGUCAGCGGCUGGCAUGAAGGGUCAGGACGGCACCGAGGUGGCCAAGGCCGAGCUGUGGAAGAAGGUGCAGAACAACCUCGACGACUACUUCUGUGUCGUACACCCGGGCAAAGACCAUGCAGGUCAGUCAACACAACACACGAGUUCACACUUUUGCCUCUAAUGUGUCCAUUCUCUCUCUCUCUCUCUGUGCGUGUGUGGUGUGCAGUUGACCCAGUGAGUAUCAAGAAGGGUCCGAUAAGCAAGAUAGAGGUGUCUGUUGAGGACCGGUCUGGCGGCCGCAAGCACACGACCCACGUCCUGCACCUGGCCACCUACCACUUGGACGAGCAGGCCGUGGCUGAGUAUCUGUCCAGGAAGCUGGCCUGCAGCAGCAGCACAUACGAGCUGCCCGGCAAGGGCGACAAGGGCGGCACUGCCGUCAUGGUGCAGGGCAGCGCGGCCAAGCAGGUGGCGGAGCUGCUCACCACCGAGUUCAAGGUGCCCCGCAAGUACAUCGAGACCAAAGACAAGACCAAACCCAAGAAGUGACUGACGCGACGCAUCACAUCGCAUGGGUAUGUGGGUGGCUUGAUGGUAUGGUAGGAUAGGCAUACGGACGUUUCUAUUUUAUGGUAGUGUGGUCAGUCUAGUGUCCACUGUUGACUAUGUAAGUGAGUGAGCCUCCCUCGGACGGAGUUGUCUAGAGGCCUCGGCGUUCUAAGUGGUUGACAGACAAGCAUGCAUUGAGAUUAAUGUCUGGUACGAUAAGCUGAGAGACCUUGUAAGCUGUACCUGCAUUCUCCACACCUCA